AUGCGUAUAGCAGCAGCAGGGGCUGAAAUUAUCUACAAAGUUGCACCUGUCGAGCUGUAUUCAGUCCACUCCCCACCGUGUUAUAUGGCAGUGAGACAUAGGUACACAUACAGGAGCACCCUCAAGGCGCAAAACUUUCACCAGCGCCAGUCACCACGUUCCCAUCCUCCAGAGUUCGCUGAACAAGAACAAAUUCCAGUAUCCUCUUUUACACCAGCUUUAGGAGCAUCAGGCUGCACCGGGUAUUCAGCCACCAUUUCAGGACUAUAUAUCUUUUCUGACCGCUGGCAGACGAGAUUAAUAGAUCAUACCUGGUGGCCUUCCCAGUUUUCACAGCUGUUGCCGCCAGCCCCCGGGAAGAUCGACAAGCCAGUGGGACAUAACGUGAAGCUCAAGUGUUCAGUGACCGGGAAGCCUGAGCCCACAGUCACCUGGUAUAAGGAUGGCUUGGAACUGCGGGAAGGAUCACUGGGUGGGGAAUCUCGCCUCAAUCGACACUCCCUCCAUCUGCUGGACUUGAGGCCGGAGGAUGCAGGGACCUAUACGUGUGCUGCUGUCAACGACCUCGGCGCCAGAAAUGCAAAUUGGACACUGCGAGUUAUAGACCAAGCACGACCAAAGGAGCCUGAGUUUAAUCCUCUGUAUCCGGCGAACACGACCGUGGUGGCGGGAGAGUCGGCCACCUUCCAGUGUAGUGGCAACUCUGAUGUUACUCCACACAUUAAAUGGCUCCGUCGACUGGAAGAUGGCUCAAAUGAGGCAGAACACAUCCCUGACAAGGACACCUUAAACUGGAAGGGUCACCGUUAUAUUGUUCUCCAAGCUACACAGGUUCAUACCCCAUCCGAUGGAUCCUUCUACACUAAGCUGGUGAUCCCCCACGUGUCAGUACAGGACACGGGUGUUUAUGUUUGUACUGCCACAAGCAACUUUGGAUUGGCGUAUAGACAAGCUCUGCUCUCUGUAAUAGGUGCGUAUAUCUUUAAUAACACACUUAUAUACU